AAUGAGGUCCCACUUAUUUUAAGCGACGACACUUUCCAGCCAUUUUAGCGGCCGGAACAAUGGAACGGAAUUUCAAACCAACAGAAUUGAUAUCCGUUUUACUACUGUAUGUUUAUGUGGCGGACGGAUUUCGAAUAGCAGUAGCAAAAGGUGCCUCAGGAGAUGGAGUAAAAAAUGAGGGCAGAAGGCUCAAAGCAUCUGGAUUAGAGGAGGAAAGAUUAAAGAAAGCAUUGAAGGCAAUCGACUAUGAUGCACAUCCUGUUUUGGAGCACCAGGCGCAAAAUAUGGAAACUUUGAAAAAAGCUUUACGUUCCGUCGAAGACGAUGAACAAGAAGAGCGAUGGAUUAGAGACAUUGAAUCAGCUUUGAAAUCAAUUGAAAGAGAGACAGCAUAUCAUGAGAGCAGAAAACGUACAAAGAUAGAGAAAGUUUUGGCUUCAGUAGAGGCACACACAAAGCAAGCCAUGUCGUCUAUGAACGCUAUUACAAAUGAUAUUUCAAAGAAAGAAAAAAAUGGCUUAGAACUAUCUCUUCCUUUCGGUACCAACGCUACACGUCAAGAGGGACGGACCAUAAGCCUUCAGACCAACGGGAAACAAACAAAACGAGUCUUUAUUCCAAAGGGAUGGAUGUUUUGCACCAUAGCACCUCCAAAGUGUUACUCGUCGCUGAGAAAGAAAAGAAACAUUAGUAAAAGGCACACUACUCUAUCCGUUGCAAGACAAACAGUUUCAUCGUGAGAAGUGCUUUGGUGAAGAACAGCUGGCGUUGUUGUCUUUAUCCUUUGAAUACUCAUGUUAUCUCAUUGAACUCCGGAGUGUUCUGUUCACCUUCAUCUGCUGUAUUUCUGUUAUAGUCCUCUUGAAAUACCCUUGAAGCACUGUUCUACCACAUGCGGAAAUUUGUGCAAGAGCUAAGAAUAUGAUAAAAUUUAUUAAAUACCAUUUCAGAGAAAUUAACUGAACGAAAUUAAUAAGACAAAUACUUGUCUUAAUAAUAUGUAUGAUGAAAUAAUUGUAAUAGGAAUUGCGAGAAAGCCGCCAGCAAUUUCUGCCUUCAAAGACAUACUUUUGCUCUGCCAGUCUAGUUUCCAGGAGGCGUUAUCCGAUCUUUCAGAAGAGCAGGAAUCAUAACUCCCCUGUAAACUAUGCACGUUAUUUCUAACUUUCACAUUUUAGUACCCAUUAGCAUCGAAAUAAAUUUACUUAAGAAGCGGUUCUUCUAGCUAGAGAGCGGCUCAAAAUCAGUAUGAUAUCUAAUAACCUGUAUAUUCAUAAUAUUCGUAUUAACCAUAUUUACGCCAAACUGAAUAUCUUUAACCGGUGAUCUUAGAAAGUUCCCAUUAUCCAGGUUCUUCAUGUGCCUAUAACAAUCCAAAUGAAAAUUUUGGUAAAAUUGCAGAUGGACAUUUAUUUGGUUUGGCAGCUUAUGCCACACCUUAUUCAAACGUCUAUAAUAACGAAUCAGUUCAGACCGUCAUUUCCAUGUUAUUUUGACUUGGAUGGACUUGAAAUGUUCAUCAUUUAAAGCAUGAAGCAAGCCCUUUCUUGUUAAGGAAAUUAGUUUCCUUUUGGGGAGUUUUAAAUUUUGCAUGCCAUUUAGGGAAUGAGGUUAUUCCAUGUUUCAAGUCAAAAGUUCACUAUACUCAGUAUUCUGUAAAAGCUAGACCAUAGAUAAAUAGCGACUCGCUAAUUAUUCCUCUGGCUAUAAAGUAGUGUACAUAUUUAUAUAAAUGUAUAAAACAAUAAAGUAAAGCCAA